CCCGCCGGCCGCGGAUCCGGCGCCAGCAGCAGGGGCUGCCGAGGACGCCGAGUGCCCGCCGCUUCGCCAGCCUCAGCCCCCGCAGAAUGUUCUCGCUGCCCCGCGGCUUCGAGCCCCAAGCUCCCGAGGACUUGGGGCAGCGGAGUUUGGCGGAGCUGCGGGAGAUGUUGAAGCGCCAGGAGAGACUUUUGCGCAACGUAAAAUUCAUUUGCAAAUUGCCCGACAAAGGUAAAAAGAUCUUAGACUCCGUCGCCAAACUGAAAGCUGCCAUUGCAGAACGUGAAGAAGUUAGAGGAAGAAGUGAACUCUUUCAUCCCGUUAGUUUAGACUGUAAGGAGAGGCAAAAAGCGAUUACAGUUGUUGAUGGGGACACAGAUAAGGCCCAGAAUUCUGACCAGAUACUUGAUACUUCAUCACCAGUUCCUGGCUGUUCCUCUGUAGCUAACAUCACGUCAUCUCAGACAACCUCACUACAACAGGGACUGGCACAUCCGACUCUCAGAGGCGAUGCUGAGGCCCCUGAGGCUGAACACACAGUGAGCGAACGCCCAGCUUCCAGUAUCAGAACUGCCACGCCUUCCUCAUCUGCAGCUAGUGAGCCCCUCACUCAGCAUCCUGCUUCAAGUCAAGCGGAGGAUCAUCCUAGCAGCUCGGACAACCUGUUUAUUGACAGAUUACAAAGGAUCACCAUUGCAGACCCCGUUGAACACCACUCAGAAGAAAACCAGAGUCCUGAGAACUUGGCUGGCCUUUGGAGUGGGCUGCAGAAGAAGCCUCAUUACAUGGAAGUGCUAGAAAUGCGAGCCAAAAACCCCGUGCCCCUACAGCAUAAAUUUAAAACCAAUGUAUUACCUUCACAUCAACGUGAUUCGUUGAGUCCUUGUCAGAGGAGGGGGUCUCCUGUCUCCUCAGAAGAGAGACGGCGCAGGGACAGGAAGCAUCUCGAUGACAUCACAGCAGCCCGGCUUCUGCCACUCCACCACAUGCCUACACAGCUGCUCUCCACAGAGGAGUCGCUGGCACUUCAGAAACAGCAGAAACAGAGUUAUGAGGAGAUGCAAGCCAAGCUCGCAGCACAAAAAUUAGCUGAAAGACUGAAUAUUAAAAUGCAGAGCUAUAAUCCAGAAGGGGAGUCUUCGAGGAAAUACCGAGAAGUAAAGGAUGAAGGCGAUGAUCAGUCCUCCGAUGAUGAAUUCUGAAGAUGGGCAUUUGGAUCUUCUCCUAAAUCUCUGCCUGUUGAGAUCUCAUUAUCUUACAUCAGACUUUCUAACAAGUAUCAAGAUCAGUGUCAGACAUUGUUGAGAGAAAGAAUUUUGUCAAGUUACAACAAGGAAGCUAUAAAAACAGCCCACUUUCAGAAGUUAACUUUCAUGUGCUUGAAAAGUUUAAUAUUUGAAUAUUGUGUUUAAUCACAUUAUAUUAAACUUUUGCAGUA